GAGCUGUGCGCAUGAUCAUCCCUCCCUCCCUCUGCACUUAUAAUAAGGGUUUGGACACAGGCAGAGCUGCUCUCACAUCUCCCUGGUAACCCCUCUCAGUCGCUACCGACAUGGCCACCCCUCUCUCAGACUCGGACAAAAAGAAGCAGAUCAGCGUCAGGGGCAUCGCCGGCCUGGGAGAUGUUUCCGAGGUCAGGAAGAGCUUCAAUCGCCAUCUGCACUUUACAUUAGUGAAAGACCGGAACGUGUCCACCCCGAGGGACUAUUACUUCGCCCUGGCGCACACGGUGCGAGAUCACCUGGUGGGACGAUGGAUCAGGACGCAGCAGUAUUACUACGAGAAGGACCCCAAGAGAAUUUAUUAUCUCUCCCUGGAAUUCUACAUGGGUCGCACCCUGCAGAACACAAUGCUAAAUCUGGGACUGCAGCAUGCCUGCGAUGAAGCCAUUUAUCAGCUGGGCCUGGAUAUGGAGGAACUUGAGGAGAUAGAAGAGGAUGCAGGUCUCGGGAAUGGUGGAUUGGGGCGUCUGGCAGCUUGCUUCCUGGACUCUAUGGCAACACUUGGACUUGCAGCUUAUGGAUAUGGAAUUCGAUAUGAAUUUGGAAUAUUCAACCAAAGGAUUAUGAACGGCUGGCAGGUUGAGGAAGCAGACGAUUGGUUGCGGUAUGGAAACCCCUGGGAAAAGGCUCGCCCAGAGUACAUGCUCCCAGUCCAUUUCUAUGGCAGAGUAGAGCACACCGCUGAAGGUCCCAAGUGGGUUGACACGCAGAUUGUUAUGGCAAUGCCUUAUGACACACCAGUCCCUGGAUACAAAAAUAACACAGUGAACACCAUGAGGCUUUGGUCAGCCAAGGCCCCCAAUGAGUUCAACCUACAAGAGUUUAAUGUUGGUGACUACAUAGAGGCCGUGCUGGACAGAAAUCUGGCUGAAAACAUCUCUCGAGUCUUGUACCCUAAUGACAACUUCUUUGAAGGCAAAGAGUUGCGGCUGAAGCAGGAGUACUUUGUUGUGGCUGCCACACUACAGGAUAUCAUCAGACGAUUCAAGUCUUCUAAGUUUGGAUGUCGGGACCCAGUUAGAACCUGCUUUGACACAUUCCCAGACAAGGUUGCAAUACAGCUGAACGACACCCAUCCUGCACUCGCCAUCCCAGAGCUUAUGAGGAUUCUAGUAGAUGUAGAGAAAGUGGACUGGGACAGGGCCUGGGAAGUCACCAAAAAGACCUGUGCUUACACAAACCACACAGUGCUGCCCGAGGCUCUGGAACGAUGGCCUGUGCACUUGUUUGAGAAACUGCUGCCCCGUCACCUGGAGAUUAUCUACGCAAUCAAUCAAAAACACCUUGAUGAAGUGGCGUCCACUUUUCCAGGGGAUAUGGACCGCAUGAGGAGAAUGUCUAUUAUUGAAGAAGGAGAUUGCAAAAGAAUCAACAUGGCCAAUUUGUGUGUGAUUGGCUCUCAUGCUGUGAAUGGAGUGGCCAGGAUUCACUCUGAAAUCGUGAAGAAUUCUGUUUUCAACGAUUUCUAUGACCUUGAACCAAACAAGUUCCAGAACAAGACCAAUGGCAUCACCCCAAGACGCUGGCUUAUGCUGUGCAACCCAGGCCUGUCCGAUAUCAUUGCUGAGAAAAUCGGAGAGGAUUUUGUGACAGACUUGAGUCAGCUGCGGAAGUUACUGGAUUUUGUUGAUGAUGAAAGUUUUGUGCAUGAUGUGGCUAAGGUCAAGCAGGAGAACAAACUGAAGUUUGCAGCCUACUUGGAGCAGGAAUACAAAGUGAAGAUCAACCCUUCCUCUGUGUUUGAUGUGCACGUCAAGAGAAUCCACGAAUACAAGAGGCAGCUGCUCAAUUGCUUACACAUUAUCAAUCUGUACAACAGAAUCAAGAAAGACCCAUCCAAGGUUUUUGUUCCAAGGACUGUUAUAAUUGGAGGAAAGGCGGCUCCCGGUUACCAUAUGGCUAAAAUGAUCAUCAAGUUAAUCAACUCCAUUGCAAGUAUUGUGAAUAGCGAUCCAGUUAUCGGUGACAGACUGAAGGUCAUUUUCCUAGAAAACUAUAGAGUGUCCCUUGCAGAAAAAGUGAUCCCCGCAGCCGACUUGUCUCAGCAGAUCUCUACGGCCGGCACCGAGGCCUCGGGCACAGGGAACAUGAAGUUUAUGUUGAACGGAGCUUUAACUAUAGGAACCAUGGACGGGGCCAAUGUGGAGAUGGCAGAAGAGGCGGGAGAAGAAAACUUGUUCAUCUUUGGCAUGAGAGUGGAAGAUGUCGAAGCUCUUGACAAGAAGGGGUACAAUGCUAGAGAUUACUAUGAUAGAAUCCCAGACCUGCGUCAGGCGAUUGACCAGAUCAGUGAUGGACAUUUCUCCCCCAGAGAACCCGAUCUUUUCAAGGAUGUUGUCAAUAUGCUGUUGAACCAUGACAGGUUUAAGGUGUUUGCUGACUAUGAAGAUUAUAUUAAAAGCCAAAAGAAAGUGGACCAGUUAUACAUGAACCCCAGGGAAUGGACAAAGAAGGUGAUCAGAAACAUUGCCUGCUCCGGCAAGUUCUCCAGUGACCGGACCAUUAGCGAAUACGCAACAGAAAUCUGGGGAGUGGAGCCAUCAGCAGUAAAGAUCCCUCCACCCAACAUACCAAGGGAGUAACAUCCCGAGGGUGCAUGUGCUCGCUGUUCUCUGCUGAUAGUUGUGUUGGUUCACAAUUAGUAUUUUGUCCACCAGUUGUAAUUAGCGCCAUUUCCCCUAUCAAAGCUUAACCUCUGGCAAAGACUUGUGUUGUCCUUAUUAGAGAUAUCUGCAGGUAACCGGCUGCUCUGAUAAAGUCCCGCAUAGAUCACUGUUCAACCGAAGCAGAUUAGUGGCUCGUCUGUAAAUUGUCCUCCUAUAAACUUGCUCAUAUAUAUAUAUAUAUACAGUAUAUACCCUCUGUUAUACAAAAGAACCUCUCAAUCUGGAUCGUUCAGAAUAUUCUGCACUCGUUGGCCUACAACUCUCAACAUCUAUGAGCUGGUUGUUGUAGUUCAGCAGCGCUGAAUGUCUUAGGAAUGACUUCCCUGCCAAUCACCACUGCCGUUUAUUGUAAGGAUAGGGCAGGGCCGGGCCAAUCAGAAUCAUGAAUAUUGUAACGGAGGGGAGGGUUUAGCAGUUGUAAAUACAGCCCAGCUACAAGGUGCUAAUGGUGCUGAGGAACCAAGACUUAUUGAUCCGAAAUAAGAGUCCCCCAGAAUGUAGUCUCUGAUACCCAAACGGCUCGUAGCACUUCUGUUGCGAGGAAAGAAGAGAACAAGCGUCUGUGUCUGUAACGUUUCAUGUCUUUGUCUUUGUGGAGACACUUUAGUGUGUGUGAUUUAUUACAAGUACUGUAUUUCUUACCGAAGAUUUGCACGUUAGCUCUAGUUUCAUUCCCUCAGCAUUGAUAACUGUGUCUCUCUGGGCUACAGCCAAUGGCCGCUGUGGAUGCUGGGAGUUGCAGUUCAGAAACAGGAGAGAGACACAGUUCAGCUAUGCCUGAUUUUAGUUAUUAUUUGAAUGUGUGUUUGCACAGAAGCUACUGAAUUCACGUCUCUGUUAUUUCACACCAGUCACUAUUUUGGACAUAGGAAGCUGCUCGUUCAUGAGAAGCAGCGAGAGGCGUCUGGAGAGAAGUAGGAAUAUUCCACGUGUGGACGAGGGGGGAGUCCCUGUAUUUUGCUUGUAUAGAAGCAGUAAAAGAAUAGAGAAUUAGACCAAUAUAGUCCUGCGGGUAACAAGAAUACUUUACUGUGGUUUUAGGGCAAAUUCUAAUUUGUGAAACUAAAAUGAUUAAGGGAAAUUGUCUCCCAUGAGAAUAACAAGCGAGACUGACAUCUUUACUGCUCUCAUUCACACGGAGGUUCAACCACUCAGGGCUUUGUACAGUAAUCCCAAUAAACCCAAUACUGACAGUUGUAAGCAGCAGUUCAUUAUUUGCACGGGAGUCAAGCACACCGGGGUUUAUUUGCCUGUUUGAGCCCAGCCAUGAUCAGCAAUGCACUACACCCCCCUACCAGCCUGAGCAUAGACAGGCGCUACUGUUAAUCCCUCGAGCUCCGUUACGUGAUUUUAUUAAUGAAUAAUUUUAAGAAAUAUAUUAUCAGCAUGGCAGCAAUGGACCACGUUGGUUUGUGUGAUUCAGAACCUGUGCAUGUCUUUCAGUACUACUGAUACCCAACUCCCCCCUCUUAUUCGACCAAUCAGUACAUUCCUUCUUCUGUAAUGCAUUGCUGAGUGGCCCUGAGCACAAAGCUUCAUCCAUAUUGAGCAUUUCAUUGGUUAGAGGUCAUUGCGCCCAAGCAGCAGGCAGGAAUGGGAAGAGACGUUGCUAUUAAAAGGAAUAUUUAUGAAAACAAUGUACUUAAUGGGCAUUAGAAAAGGAAAUGAAAGAUUUGUGAGCAAUGACUUAACCAGAACGGUGGAGUUGCCAUAGUGCUGAGUGUAUGGAGUGUGAUGAAUACUGCCUUGUAAAUAGGAAUGUCUGCACAGCACAUACAUAUUGUGUUCCCUCUGUGUGUCACGCAUUGCCCUGAGCUUCCAACGUGUAAUAAACAUUCAUCCAAUCAAA